AUGGAGGAAAUGUUGGCUGUAGUUCUUUCUAUGCUUCUUGUUUUGGCAUUAAUUCCACUUUAUCUAUGGAAACGGCGCCAAGAUUCUCGAUUGACUCACGAUCACGAAGAAGAGCCGCAGGUUGCUCAGAGGGAAGGUGUAGUGCGUGCCACUGGUCCUCGUCGGAUGCGAAGGAGGCCGGCUUCUGGAGCAAGCACAUCAGCUGCCGCUGCUGCACCAGUUGUAGAAGAAACUGUUGAUGGAAGUGAUGAGGAAGGUGAGGGUGAGUAUUAUGAAGCCAAAGCAUCUAAGAAAAGGGAAAAGAAGCGUCAGGAGCGGGAAGCACAACGACAAGCUGAACAAGCUGCACGUGAAUCAAGGAAUACAAAACAAGACCGCUAUGCUGAAAUGCGGAGGAGAAAAGAUGAGGAGCGUGAGGCGCAGGAGCAUCAGCUGGAGGAAGAAGCCAAGGCUCAGAAGGCUAGGGAGGAGGAAGCUGCUGCAUUAGAGUUCGAGAAGUGGAAAGGAGAGUUUUCUAUAGAUGCUGAAGGUACUACAGAAAAUGAAGUGCAGGAUGGACAUCAGGAUUUGCUCUCUGAUUUUGUGGAAUACAUAAAGAAACAUAAAUGUGUACCCUUGGAAGAUCUUGCUGCUGAAUUCAAGUUAAGAACUCAGGAAUGCAUCAAUCGGAUUACCUCUCUGGAGAGUAUGGGGCGACUUUCUGGUGUCAUGGAUGACAGAGGGAAAUACAUAUACAUCUCCCAAGAAGAGAUGCAAGCUGUGGCAGACUAUAUUAAGCGUCAGGGAAGGGUUAGCAUUUCACAUCUCGCUAGCAAGUCCAACCAGUUCAUAGACUUGGAGCCAAAAGCACAGUAUGUUGAAGAAAUAAGUAGUGCGGCAGAGAUAACUGUCACUUGA